UACUUAAUCCACUGAGCCACAAUGGGAACUCCCUGAGCUGCUUUUUAUAGCCACUAUGUUGUAGCUUGGGUCCUGGCUCUGCCAGUUAUUAGCUGUGACCUUGGGAAGACAUUUAACCUCUUGGUUCCUCAAUUUUCUUAGCCAUAAAGUGGAGGGGGGAAAAAAGCACCUGUUCACAGGUUUAGCCUGAAGAUUAAAUGAGAUAAUGUACAUGAAGUCCUUUAGAAGAGCGCCUGGCCGAAGGUAAGGCCUGGCCGUAGGUAAGGCAGAGUUUAAGUGUUUGCUGUGACUGUCAUUAUUAGAACCACAGCGUGUGGGCGAAUCACAAGGUAUCUAAUUGGUAGUAUGCACGGGAGGCCAUGUCUGAUUCAGAGCCACAACUUCUAAGGUCAUUCUACUGACCCAUGUCAUUCCCCUGCCUCCUAAGAACGGCAAAUGCUCCCUCUGCUGGACAAUACUUGAGGCUUGGGCUGAUCCCCAGAAGCCACAGUGCCUACCAAUUCCUUCAAGGUUUGGAUGUUUGGUGAAUGGGUUGAGGGCCCUUUAAGAGGCAGUAGCUAGCUCCCAGUUGCCAUGGAGACAGCUGGCUACAAACCCAGAAGCAACAGGCAGCAUGUCCUCUAAAGUUCAAUCCAAAGGCUCCAAAGCCAAGGACCACCAGCCUUCCGCCCAAGCGGGUCUGCCACCCCAUGAGGCCAAUGCGGAAGCCAUCCACUUCCUUGAUUCCCUCCGGCAGGAGGAGCUGCUGAUGCUGCUCUUCUCGGAGACGCUGGUCAUGGUGUCAGACACAGGGGAGCCUCAGGGAGAGCUGACCAUUGAUGUGCAGAGAGGGAAAUACAAGGACGAAUUUGGUAUCAUGUCCUACUGCCCCUUUGUGCACGCCUCCAGCCGCGGCUACGUGGACGGAGUCCUCUGCGGAACCUCGCUUCUGGGCUACCUUUCCUGGAAACUGGAGAUCGUGGAACAACAUAAUCAGGAGUUCAUCAAGUUCCACACCCUCCCCAUGGAACGGAAGAUGAGGUUGCUGAAGCAGGAUGAUGAGCUGGCCGUGACCAGAACUGUCAAGGAGGGUGAGGAAGUGAAGACUAAAGUGAUCGUGUUCCCCUGGCACUCCAUUGCGGGCUUCAUCUCCGAGGCUGCCAACCUAGUGCUGCUGAGGGUGAUGGGCUGGCGGCGGACAGUGCCCAGCAACGCGCGUUUCCUGGCCUUGGACACCGAGGGAAAACUCUGCUAUUCCACUUAUCAAGCCCUGGGCUCGCAGACCAUCCAGGUGGGCCGGCAGCAGGUGGAAGUGUUCAUUGUGGAGCAGACUGUACACUCAGAGGAGGGCAUCCCCAUGUCCUACCAGUUUUACCUGCUCUCUGAUGGGCACCUGGCCAAGAGGAUCCAGGUGGGCUCCCCAGGGUGCUGCACCAUCACCAAGGUGCCCAUCUUGAGGGAAGAAGACGCUAUUGAGCCUCGCCCAGUAUUUGAGAAGAAGCCCCUGGUGUGGGAGGAGGACAUGGAGCUCUUCUCAAAGUUCAUGGACCGGAAGGAGGAGCUCCGUCUCAGCCACAACAGCUAUCUGCGGCAGCACCCGGAGGCCCACGCGCUCAUCUCCGACUUCCUGCUCUUCCUGCUGCUGCGCCAGCCGGCCGACGUGGUCACCUUCGCCGCCGAGUACUUUGGCCCCUUUGCGAUGAGACGCGCCUCCACCCCGGCCUUGCGCUCCUCCAACCGGCCCAGCCCCUUCCGCGCGCUGGAGCCCGAGGGCAGCGAGGCCGAGGAGGGCGAGGCGGGGAGCAAGGCGGGCGAGGGCCCCGCGGGCUAGGACUGGACGGGACGGGAAGCCGGGGCGACCGGGCUGAGCUGGGACGCCCGCGGGACACACCCGAGAGGCGCGCGCUCUUUCCGGCCUGCGGUUUUGAUGACAAUAAACGGGGCCCUCCCCAGGCUCGCCUACAGCCGGAA